AUGAAUAUUUGCUAAUGUAGUGAUAAACCUUAAAAUAAAUUUACAAUCAUUGUAGAAAACCAUGAAAAUGAUAGAGAUUAUAUAGAGGUAGAACUCAAAUAAACGAUUUCUGAUGUCAAAAGGAGAGUAUUUAAAAAUGUUGACCCUGCGAAAUCCUAAUUAUACUUUAAGAGAACAAAACUUCUAAAUAACAGGACAAUUCAAGAUUGUGGAUUGACAAAGGAUAGUAUAGUUUAUAUCAUCUAUGGAGACAAUAUUUCAGAAUGAAAAACUAAUAGAUAUGAAUAAGAAUAUAUAUUAUAAGUAUUAUCAUAACUAGAUUUUCAUCAA